CACACCCUAAAAUUUUGCAAGGGCAAUUUCUUUACGCCCAAACACCAGAGUUCGCUGUCAAAACCCAUUUUCCCCCAAAUUCCGACCAAGUCAAGAAAAAAACUUCGGCCAAAACCCAAAUCUCCUCCACUAAAUUAAUCAGAUCUCGUAAACCCUAAAUCUCCUCCACUAAAUCGCCCAAGUCUCUUCCACUAGAUCGCACAAAUCUCUUCCAUCACUUGUUUCUUCAGUUCCCGGUAGCAGCAAUAAACAAUGAAGUCGUCACUUCGCCACCUCCGCCGCCACAAACCAUCACCUAUGCAUUGAUGGGCAUUAAGGAUUUAUUUCAAAAGCAUCUAGGAGAGUUAAGGUUGCACAGAUAUGCCGCUAUAGAAAAGUUGCGUGAAUGUAUCAGUGAUGAUGACAAAGUUCUCAGAGAAAUGUUAUAUCAAUUAUUUAAGACUCUGAUAUUUCCUGGGUGCAAAGAGGAAACUCUUCACUUCAGUUUUUUGUUUGAACUCUCAAAUAUGGUCAAGUCGCUACUUAGUCACAAUUAAAUCCAUGGUAAUACUCAUUGAGUUAUGCUUCUGGACACCCAAAUGGCACCAUAAUGUAUCUUCUGCUUUCAAGGUUUAUAUUUUUUUACAACUCAGGUAGGCGUUAUUAUCUUUAAAAAUUUUCUAUUGAACAAGAAUUUACACAUAAUUCAAUGUGUUAUUCUAUGCAGCUGAUAAACUUGAAAGCUUCUUAAUGUAGUUUCCUGUUUUUCCAAAUGCUUUUUUGGUUGGGAGUCCAGCUGGCUUCUUUGUUAUUGAACUGACAAACCAGGUAGAGUUGAUAAAUUUUUUAUUCAAUGCAUAGCCAAAUAUGGUUAGGGUUUGUCAGUCGGGACCCUUUUAAUGGUCAAACCUUAUUUAAGUUUUAUCCCAACACCAGCUAUUUGUGAGGAGUUGGUAUAUAAUUGCUAUGUUACAUUCAUAUGGUGUUGCAACUCCGCUGUUUUUCAGCUUCAAAAGUUGAAGGUGGAGCCUGUCCUUUUGCAUCACCUUUCACAGCUUAGAGUUCUCCAAGGGGUGGAACUUAGGAUGGCCACAAGUACAAGGUUAAAGACAUGUUUGUAUAGCUUCACUUCUCCUGGUGGUCCUAUGUAUCCAACAAGAGCUGUUCGUCAUGCAACCUGGGAUGCUUUGGACUUUCUCUUCCCUUUCAUGGGGAAAGAAAUAUACGAAGAUGCGGAGGUCGAUGAGGUCAAAGGAGAAUGGGUGGUGUAUGUAUCAAACUUUUUUUAGUUAUUAUUGUUUCAGUGAUGUCAGGGGCCAAUGAGGGCAAAAACUAUGUAUAUAUGUAUCAAACUUUUCAUUACUGAAUUGAUUACUUUUCAUUGUUGUUUAUGCAAUAUUGUAAAAACUAAAAACUAUACUGUUGCCCAAUUUUGUUUACUUAGAGCAACAGUAAUAUAUGUAUCAUUCAAUUAAUUGUUCAA